UGUAGUUCCGGAUGGUUUGCCCCUGUUCAGUGCACUGCUAAACUAUCGCCACAACCAGAAAGCGAGGCAGGCUAAGUCACUUCCUGGCGUCACUUUUCUAAGUGGUGAGGAACGAACAAAUUACCCAUUAGUCCUUUCGAUUGAAGAUAAUGGUAAUUCAUUGGGACUGACGCCUCAAGUGAUUUCACCAAUGUCAGCAGCUCGGAUCGGUGCAUAUAUGCAACAAGUGCUGGAAUCGAUGCUCAACGCGCUAACACAAACGCCUCAGCAACAAUUAAGGACAUUAGCAGUAAUUCCACCGGAAGAGCGCAUGUUGUUACUACACACCUGGAAUCAAAUCACGGUUACCUAUCCAACUGACCAAUGUCUUCAUCAAUUAUUUGAGAUGCAGGUGGAACGCGAUGGACAGGCGAUUGCCGUAGAGUGUAAAGGAGAAACAAUGAGUUACGCAGAGCUCAACGCUCAAUCCAACCAGUUAGCACAUUACUUGAUUGCACGAGGUGUCGAACCAGACGAUCGAAUCGCACUUUGCGUAGAACGUAAUGUGAAAAUGCUUGUAGCCAUUCUGGGCACCAUGAAAGCUGGUGGCGCAUAUGUCCCACUCGAUCCGGUGUACCCGAGUCAACGGCUAACCCAUAUUCUAGAAGAUUCCAGUCCAAUAUUUCUACUGGCAGAUGCUGUUGGCCGAAAAGCCCUCGGAAACCAUCAUGUACUAGUGGUUGACUUAGACGAAUCGUUGCCUGACGAUUUACCGAUCGAAAAUCUGGACCACAUCAAACUUGAACUCACUCCAAACAAUUUGGCUUAUGUUAUUUACACUUCCGGCUCAACGGGAACACCGAAAGGAGUGAUGGUUGAACAUCGGCAGAUCGUACGACUCUUCGAGGUUACACGCGAUAAAUUCGAUUUUAGCAAACAGGACAAGUGGUGUUUGUUUCACUCGUUUUCUUUUGACUUUUCGGUAUGGGAGAUAUGGGGUGCAUUGUUAAAUGGAAGUGAACUGUCGAUUGUACCAUACAGUAUGACCCAUUCAACGGACGAAUUUUAUGAUUGGAUCUGUGCCAGUGGAAUUACUGUGCUAAAUCAAACUCCGUCGGUAUUCAAAUUGCUAAUGCAGUCGAAAAAUGUUAGUUCGCGAACUGAUCGACUGCGAUAUGUAAUCUUUGGUGGUGAAUCGUUAGAUCCAACGAUUGUGAGGGAAUGGCAUGAAAAUUACAGUAAAUGUCAAACGAUGUUGGUCAAUUUAUAUGGCACCACUGAAACAACAAUUCAUGCUACUUACCAACUACUAGAAACUGUAGAAAACGCUUGCGCUAUUGGACGCCCGCUUGCAGAUCUUUGUGCAUAUUUGCUGGAUGAGCAUGGCGAGCCAGUGCCACUAGGUGCCGAAGGAGAAUUGUAUAUCGGUGGUGGUGGUGUGACACGUGGCUAUCUCAAUUGUCCAGACCUUACCGCGGAACGAUUUUUACCCAAUUCAUUCAGUGACAAUCCAGCAGCACGCAUGUACUGUACCGGUGAUCGAGCACGAUAUCUUCCUGAUGGUAAUCUGGUAUAUUUGGGACGCACAGAUCAACAAGUAAAAAUCCGCGGAUUCCGAAUUGAGCCUGGCGAAAUUCAAGCCCGUUUAGUCGAACAUCCUCAUGUACACGAGGCCGUUGUGCAAUCCUAUGGCAAUGGAUCAGAUGCUCGUUUGGUAGCUUAUGUAGUGACCGAUUCAGAUACACCAUUAGCUCAGGAUUUGCGUACUCAUCUAUCAAAUUUACUGCCUUAUUAUAUGGUACCAGCGGCUUAUGUAUGCCUACCUUCCUUACCUCUCACACCCAAUGGCAAGCUAGAUCGACGAGCAUUACCAGCUCCGGACGAAGACGCCUUUGCUCGUCAGCAGUAUGAAGCUCCACAGGGUGAUGUGGAAGAAAAAUUGGCUGACAUCUGGCGUGAAUUGCUGAGUAUUGAGCGCAUUAGUCGACAUGAUAAUUUCUUUGCAUUGGGAGGCCAUUCUCUUUCGGUUGUACGAUUGUUGGCACAGCUUAGACAUAUCGGACUAGAUACCACCGUACGGAAAGUAUUUGAUGCUCCUACCCUGGCCAUGAUGGCAUCGACCCUUGCACCUUACCAGAGAAAUAAUGUUCCGCCCAAUCUGAUUACAACAGAUAGCACUGCUAUUACUCCAGAAAUGUUACCUCUUAUUACUCUUUCUCAGACAGAGAUUGAUGCAAUUAUCGCACAAGUACCUGAGGGAGUAGCUAAUAUCCAAGAUAUUUAUGGAUUGACGUCUUUACAGCACGGUAUGUUGUUCCAUCAUAUGAUGGCCAAACAAGUAGACCCAUACUUGACAGCCAUUCGAUUGAGUUUUAUUGAUCGGACAACACUUGAACGUUACGCAGACGCCUUGCAACAGGUAAUUGCCCGUCACGAUAUCCUUCGUACCGUUUUCAUCUGGAAAGGUCUCAAUGAACCAGCGCAGGUGGUAUUGCGCCAUGUUCCUUCGCCUUUCAUAGUGCUUGACACUGCUGAGCCGGUUCUAGAUCAGUUAACUCAACAAUUCAAUGCCCGUCUCUAUCGAUUAGAUUUGACACAGGCACCGCUGUUGCGCUUACUAGCUGCGCCAAUAUCUGAAGGGAGCUGGUUGGUGUUGCAGUUAAUGCAUCAUAUAAUUGGUGACCACGCAACAUUGGAGCUACUACAGGCAGAAAUACAUUCUAUAGCUAACGAGCAAAGUGGAAAACUUAUAAUGCCUACUCCAUUUCGUCAUCUUGUAGCCCAGGCUCAACUAGGAGCUAGUCCAGGUGAGCAUAAGCGAUUCUUCACCAAAAUGCUUGGUGAUAUUGAUGAACCAACCUUGCCGUUUGGUCUGUGUGAUGUUGGUGGAGACCGUACUGAGAUCGACGAAGCACUUCUGAUGCUGCCACAAACACUCAAUGAUCAACUACGGGCGCAUGCACGCAAGCUACAGAUCAGUCUGGCUAGUAUUUGCCAUUUAGCCUGGGCACAAGUGCUUGCUCGAGCUAGCGGACGUGAGGCCGUGGUCUUCGGCACUGUGUUGCUUGGUCGUUUGCAAGCUGGGGAAGUGAACAAUAACAUCAUGGGACCAAUGAUCAAUACGCUUCCAAUACGGAUAGACAUUAACAAUACGGGCGUCGAGACUGCAGUGCGCCAUACCCAUGCUCGGUUGAGUGCGUUGCUGGCCCACGAACACGCAUCGCUUGUGUUGGCACAACGCUGCAGUGGAGUCGGGGAUGGUUUGCCAUUGUUCAGCUCUUUACUGAAUUACCUUCAUAUUCAUCCGACCGACCAAGUCAAUUCUGAAUUUCCUGGAGUCAAUGUCAUAGAUGCUGAAGAAAGAACAAAUUAUCCAUUAACCAUGUCGGUUGGAGAUGAUGGUAGUUCGUUGAUCAUGAGGGCUCAAAUAAUUUUACCAACGUUUGCAGCUCGGGUUGGUUUCUACAUGCAACAUUCUCUGGAGUCGAUGGUUGAUGCGUUAAUGCAUACGCCUCAACAUCCAGUUCGAACCCUGACUGUGAUACCACCGCAAGAGCGCACGUUGUUGCUGCACACUUGGAAUCAAACUUCGGUAACCUUUCCACCCAAAAGCUGCCUCCACCAAUUAUUUGAAGAACAGGUGGAACGUGACGGACAGGCUAUUGCUAUUGAAUAUAAAGAUGAGAUGCUGACUUACUCUGAGCUCAAUGCCCAAUCCAACAGGCUAGCACAUUACUUGAUUGCACGAGGCUUUAAGCUAGAUAAUCGCGUCGCACUUUGCGUUGAGCGUAGUACAAAAAUGAUUGUAACAAUGCUGGGAAUUCUGAAAGCAGGCGGCGCCUAUGUACCACUCGAUCCAGCCUACCCGAGUCAACGGCUAACCAAUAUUCUACAUGAUGCCGACCCAACAUUCUUGUUGGUAGAUACUACUGGCCGUAGAGCAUUUGGAGACCACCAAGUACCAGUGAUUGACUUAAACACACCGUUGCCUGCUGAUUUGUCAAUCGAUAAUCCCAAAGCGACCAAUCUUGGACUCACUCCAAACCAUCUAGCCUAUGUGAUUUACACGUCUGGUUCAACAGGAACCCCGAAAGGAGUCAUGGUUGAACAUCAACAUGCAGAGCUAUUAAUCCGGUCUGUAUACAACAUCUAUGAUUUUACCAAAGAAGACAAGUGGUGUUUGUUCCAUUCCGUUUCUUUCGACUUUUCCGUAUGGGAGAUAUGGGCUGCAUUAUUCUGUGGAAGUCAACUGUCGAUUGUGCCCUACAAUAUAAUCCGUUCUCCAGACGAAUUCUUUGAUUGGAUCUGCACCAAUGGUAUCACUGUGCUAAAUCAAACCCCAUCGGCAUUCAAAAUGCUUAUGAGAGCUAAAUGUGUCAGUUCGCGCUCCGAUCGAUUGCGAUAUGUUCUCUUUGGUGGUGAAGCGUUGGAUCCAUCAAUUGUAAAGUACUGGAAUGAGAAAUUCGAUAAAAUUCAAACUGUGUUGGUUAAUAUGUAUGGUCCUACUGAAACGGUUGUUUUUGCAACUAGUUGGACAGUGAACGAUGCCAUUAUUUCUAUAAACUCGCUGGUAUCCAUUGGUCGUCCGCUCCCCAAUAAACGGAUUUUUCUGUUGGAUGCUCAUGGCGAACCAGUGCCACUUGGAGCCGAGGGAGAAUUGUAUAUUGGUGGUGAUGGUGUAGCACGUGGAUACUUUAACUGUCCAGAAUUUACCGCGGAACGGUUUCUACCCGAUCCAUUCAGCGACAAUCCAGCAGCACGUAUGUAUCGUACCGGUGAUCGAGCAAGAUAUUUGCCAAAUGGUAAUCUGAUAUAUUUAGGACGCGCAGAUUCACAAGUAAAAAUUCGCGGAUUUCGGAUUGAGCCUGGCGAAAUCGAAGCCCACCUAGUCGCACAUCAUCUGGUGCACGAGGCGGUUGUACAACCUCGCGGCAAUGGAUCAGAUGCUUGUCUAGUGGCUUAUGUGGUGGCUGAUGCGAAUACAUUAAAAGCACAAGAUUUACGUACUUAUCUAUCAACUUUACUGCCUGACUAUAUGGUACCAGCGGCUUAUGUGUGUCUACCAUCCCUACCACUCACACCCAAUGGUAAGCUAGACCGGCGAGCACUACCGCCUCCGGAUGAUGAGGCCUUUUCUCAUCAACAGUAUGAAGCUCCACAGGGUGAUAUGGAAGAAAAAUUGGCUGACAUCUGGCGUGAAUUGCUGAGUAUUGAGCGCAUUAGUCGAUAUGACAAUUUCUUCGCGUUGGGAGGUCAUUCUCUUUUGGUCGUACGGAUGUUGGCACAGUUGAGAAAUAUUGGACUGGACACCACUGUUAGAAAAGUGUUUGACGCUCCUACUCUGACCAUUUUGGCUUCUACGCUUGACCGUCGCAAGGAAGUGACUAUUCCACCCAAUCUGAUUACCACGGACAGCACGGCGAUUACUCCAGAAAUGUUACUACUCAUCACUCUUUCUCAGGCUGAGAUUGAUGCAAUCAUUGCACAGGUACCGGGAGGAGUAGCGAAUAUUCAAGAUAUUUAUGGACUGGCGCCGUUACAGAACGGUAUGUUGUUCCAUCACAUAAAAGCCGAACGUGGUGACCCGUAUCUACUAAUACAUCGUAUGCGUUUUACUGACCGGACAGCGCUUGAACGUUAUGCGGAUGCCUUACAACAAGUAGUUCUGCGACACGAUAUCCUGCGCACUGUCUUCAUCUGGGAAGGUCUCAAUGAACCGGCACAGGUCGUUUUACGCCGAGUUCCUCCAUUACUCACCGAGAUUACAUUGGAUCACACUGGUGAGUCGGUAUUAGAGCAAUUGAGUUUCCGAUUCAAUCCACGUCACUACCAUUUAGAGUUGACACAAGCACCGCUAUUGCGUUUGGUGGCUUCGCCAGCAUCUAAGGGCAGCUGGGUGGCAUUACAAUUGAUGCAUCACAUAAUUACUGACCAUUCAACAUUGGAGACACUAGUGACAGAAGUUCAUGCCAUCAUCAACGAAAAAAUUGAAGAGUUGACAGCGCAUACAUCAUUCCGUAAUCAUGUGGCCCAGGCUCGGCUGGGAACUGGUCCAGAUGAGCAUAAGCGAUUCUUCACCAAAAUUCUCGGUGAUAUUGACGAGCCAACCUUGCCAUUUGAUUUGAGAGACGUUGACCUAGACGGUACUGCGACUAACCAAUCAAAUCUGAAGCUGCCACAAAGACUAAAUGAUCACCUACGUGGGCAUGCACGGAAGCUGCAGGUCAGUCUGGCUAGUGUUUGCCAUUUGGCAUGGGCACAAGUCCUUGCUCGAGCUAGUGGCCGUGAGGCGGUAGUCUUCGGUACCGUGCUACUUGGUCGUUUUCAGACCGGAGAAUACAACAAUAAUAUCAUGGGGCCGAUGAUUAAUACUCUACCGAUUCGGAUAGAUGUUGAUAAUACGCCUGUUGAAACCUCAGUGCGCCUCACCCAUGCUCGCUUAAGUGCGUUGUUGGCACAUGAACACGCUCCGCUUGUUUUGGCACAACGCUGCAGUCGGUGUCCAGCAGGUUUGCCACUAUUCACCGCAAUACUGAAUUAUCGCCACAAUCAGAAGGCCGAGCAGGUCACUGCGUCACUUCCUGGUAUAACUUACUUCAGCGGUGAGGAGCGAACAAAUUAUCCAUUAGUUAUGUCGGUUGAAGAUGAUGGUGAUUCGUUAGGACUGACGCCCCAAGUAACUUCAUCAAUGUCAGCAGCUCGAAUCUGUGGCUAUAUGCAACAAACUCUAAAAUCCCUAGCCUAUACGCUUGCACAAACGCCUCAGCAACAGCUAAGGACAUUACCAGUAAUUCCACAGGAAGAGCGCACGUUACUGCUAUACACCUGGAAUCAAAUCACGGUUAUCUAUCCACCUGCCCGCUGUCUUCACCAAUUAUUUGAAGCGCAGGUAGAAUGCGACGGACAAGCGAUUGCCGUAGAGUGUAAUGGAGAGGUUCUAAGCUAUUCAGAACUCAACACCCAAGCCAAUCGACUAGCACAUUACUUGAUUGCACGAGGCGUCAAACCAGAUGAUCUCAUCGCACUUUGCGUUGAACGCAACACCAAAAUGCUCAUUGCAAUGCUGGGUAUUCUAAAAGCCGGCGGAGCGUAUGUUCCACUCGAUCCAGUUUAUCCGAGUCAAAGGCUGAAUAACAUUCUACAGGAUGCUGACCCUAUAUUUCUGUUGGCAGAUGUUACUGGCCAGAAAAUACUUGGAGACCAUCAAGUAUCUGUAGUUGACUUGGAAAACCCGUUGCCUGCCGGUUUUCCAAUUAGCAAUCCAGACGCGAUCGAGAUUGGACUCCGAUUAAAUCAUCUGGCCUACGUAAUUUACACCUCUGGCUCAACAGGAAUACCGAAAGGAGUGAUGAUUGAACAUCAGCAAGUUGUACGACUCUUUGAGCUUACACGUGAAAAAUUUAAUUUCAACAAACAAGACAAGUGGUGUUGGUUCCAUUCCAUUUCUUUCGAUUUUUCCAUUUGGGAGAUUUGGGGUGCAUUUUCAAAUGGUAGUCAACUGUCGAUUGUGCCCUACAAUAUAACCCGUUCUCCAGACGAAUUCUAUGAUUGGAUCUGCACCAAUGGUAUCACUGUGCUAAAUCAAACCCCGUCGGCAUUUAAAACGCUCAUGUGUGCGAAAAACGUUAGCUCCCAAUCCUAUCGACUGCGAUAUGUUAUCUGUGGUGGUGAAGCGUUAGAUCCAUUGAUCGUAAGAGACUGGUAUGAGAAGAACGCUGAAAACCAAACAGUAAUAAUCAAUAUGUAUGGGCCCACUGAAACAGUUAUUUUUGCAACCAGUUGGAUCAGUGAUGUCACAAAUUCUAAAAGCUCACUAAUGCCAAUCGGACGUCCGCUGUUUAAUAAGCGAAUUUACCUGCUUGAUGCACAUGGCGAGCCAGUGCCACUAGGAGCCGAAGGAGAAAUAUAUAUUGGUGGUGAUGGUGUGGCACGAGGCUAUCUCAAUCGACCUGAAAUUACUGCGAAACGUUUUCUCCUCGACCCAUUCAGAGACGAUCAAAUGGCACGCAUGUACCGUACCGGUGAUCGAGCACGACAUAUGCCUGAUGGUAAUCUGGUCUAUCUGGGACGCACAGACCAUCAAGUAAAAAUUCGUGGUUUCCGAAUAGAGCCUGGUGAAAUUGAAGCCUGCCUAGUGGAACAUCCUGAGGUGCGCGAGGCGGUUGUACAGCCCUACGGAAAUGGAUCAGAUGCUCGUCUGGUAGCUUAUGUGGUGACCGAUGCGGAUACAUCAUUAGCACAGGAUUUACGCACAUAUCUAUCUACUUUACUGCCUGACUAUAUGAUACCAGCGGCUUAUGUGUGUCUGCCAUCCUUGCCUCUCACACCCAAUGGCAAGCUAGAUCGGCGAGCACUACCAGCACCGGACGAUAAAGCCUUUGCUCAUCAGCAGUAUGAGGCUCCACAGGGUGAAAUGGAAGAGAAACUGGCCAAUAUUUGGCGCGAUCUGCUGAGUAUUGACCGUAUAAGUCGACUUGAUAAUUUCUUUGCUUUGGGAGGCCAUUCUUUGCUGGUGGUACGAUUGUUGGCACAGCUGAGACAGAUCGGACUUGAUACCACCGUUCGGAAAGUAUUUGAUUCUCCUACGGUGGCCAUGAUGGCUUCGACUCUCGCACCUUAUCAGACAGUAAUUAUUCCACCCAAUUUGAUUACCCCGGAUAGCAAAACGAUUACUCCAGAAAUGUUACCGCUUUUCACUCUAUCUCAGUCAGAGAUUGAUAUAAUUAUCGCACAAGCACCUGGAGGAGUAGCUAAUAUCCAAGAUGUUUAUGGAUUGACGUCAUUACAGUACGGUAUGUUAUUCCACCAUAUAAAAUCUGAACGUGGUGAUCCUUACCUGCUUGUAAGCCGUAUGCAGUUCACUGACCGGACGGUACUUGAAUGUUAUUCGGACGCAAUGCAACAGGUAGUUGCACGACACGAUAUACUUCGCACCGUCUUCAUAUGGGAAGGCCUUAGUGAACCGGCACAGGUUGUCUUGCGCCAGGUUCCUUCGAUACUCACAGAAAUCACACUUGAUGACACCGGUAAAUCGAUAAUAGAGCAGUUGAAUCAUAAAUUUGAUCCACGUCAUUAUCGGUUGGACUUGACAAAAGCACCUCUAUUGCGAUUGAUGGCUGCGCCAACAUCUGAUGAGAGCUGGGUAGCACUGCAACUGAUGCACCACUCAAUUAUCGACCACGAAACACAGGAGAGGCUACAGACAGAAGUUCAUACCAUCAUCAAUAGAAAAACUGAAAUGUUGACAACACCCAACCCAUUCCGUAAUUUCAUGUCUCAGGUUCGAUUAGAAGUUGAUACGGCUCAGCUCACAAGCUUCUUUACAAAAAUGCUCGGUGAUAUUGACGAGCCAACAUUGCCAUUUGGUCUGAAUGAUGUUGGUCGGGAUGGAACAGACAUCAAUGAAACAUAUCUGAUGCUGCCACAGAUAAUCUAUAAUCAGCUACGGGUGCACGCAAGAAAUUUAAAGGUCAGUUUGGCUAGUAUUUGUCAUUUGGCCUGGGCACAAGUACUUAGUCGAGCUAGCGGGCAUGAUAAAGUCGUCUUCGGUACUGUGCUGUUUGGCCGUUUACAGACCGGAGAGGGUAACAAUAAUAUCAUGGGACCGAUGAUUAACACCCUCCCGAUACGAAUAGAUAUUGAUGAGGCGGGCGUUGAGAUCGCAGUGCGCCAAACCCAUUCUCGCUUGAGUGCAUUGUUAGCACAUGAACAUGCAUCACUUGUGUUGGCACAACGCUGCAGUGGAUUCCCGGAUGGUUUACCCCUGUUCAGUGCAUUGCUGAACUAUCGACAUAAUCAGCAGACCGGACAAGUUGCGUUAUUUCCUGGGGUAACUUUCUUAGGCGUUGAGGAGCGAACAAACUACCCAUUAACUCUUUCUCUGGAUGAUAACGACGCAGCUUUGUGUCUAUCGGUCCAUGUGGUGUCGCCGAUGUCAGCAGCUCGAAUAGAUGCUUACAUGCAACACACCCUGGUAUCAAUUGCCGAUGCGUUAACGCGAUCUCCACAACAACCGGUUCGAACAUUAACCGUGAUGCCAUCGGAGGAGCGCACUUUGCUGCUGCACACCUGGAAUAAAACAAUGUUUACCUAUCCACCUGCCCGGUGUCUUCAUCAAUUAUUCGAAGUGCAGGUAGAACGCGAAGGAGAGGCAAUUGCCGUUGAAUGUAAUGGAGAGGUUCUAAGCUAUUCAGAACUCAACGCUCGAUCCAACCAGUUAGCACAUUACUUGAUCGCACGCGGCAUCAAAUCAGAUGACCGAAUCGCACUUUGCGUUGAGCGCAGCAUAACAAUGCUCAUUGCAAUGCUGGGUAUUCUAAAGGCCGGCGGAGCCUAUGUACCACUUGAUCCAGUCUAUCCGAGCCAACGGCUUACCCAUAUUCUAAAGGAUGCCGACCCUACAUUCCUGUUGGCAGAUGCUACUGGCCGAAAAGCACUCGGGGAUCAUCAAGUACCAGUGGUUGACUUGGAAAAGGUGUUGCCUGCCGAUGUGCCAAUUGAUAAUCCCGACACGAUCAAGCUUGGACUUACUGCAAAUCAUCUGGCCUAUGUGAUUUACACCUCUGGCUCAACAGGAAUACCGAAAGGAGUUAUGAUUGAGCAUCAGCAAAUAGUACGUCUCUUUGAGGUUGCACGCGAUAAAUUUAAUUUCAACAAACAAGACAAGUGGUGUUUGUUCCAUUCGUUUUCCUUCGAUGUCUCAGUGUGGGAGAUAUGGGGUGCAUUUUUUAAUGGAAGUCAAUUAUCAAUUAUAUCAUAUAACACCGCUCGUUCAACAGACGAAUUUUAUGAUUGGAUCUGUACUAGAGGAAUCACUGUACUGAAUCAAACCCCAUCGGUAUUUAAAUCGCUUAUGCGGGCAAAAAAUAUUAUAUUGCGAUUCGAUCGGUUGCGAUAUGUCAUAUUCGCCGGGGAAGUGUUUGAUCCAUUGAUCGCAAAAGAAUGGUGGAAGAAAUAUGACCAAAGUCGAACUGUAUUGGUCAAUAUGUACGGACCCACAGAAACAGCUCAUGUUACCUAUCAAAGACUCGAAUCUUUAGAAAACGUUCAUUCAAUUGGUCGACCACUAGCAGAUCUUUGUGUAUAUUUGUUGGAUCCAUAUGGUGAGCCAGUGCUACUAGGAGCUGAGGGAGAAUUGUAUAUUGGUGGUGCUGGUGUGGCACGUGGAUACUUUAACCGUCCAAAACUUACCGCGGAACGGUUUCUACCCGAUCCAUUCAGUGGAAAUCCAUCGGCACGCAUGUACCGUACCGGUGAUCGAGCACGAUAUCUUCCUGAUGGUAAUCUGAUCUUUUUGGGACGCAUCGACCAGCAAGUAAAAAUUCGUGGAUUCCGAAUUGAGCCUGGUGAAAUCGAAGCCCACUUAGUCGAACAUCCUCACGUGUACGAGGCCAUUGUACAAUCCUAUGACAAUGUAUCAGAUGCUCGUCUAGUGGCAUAUGUGGUUGCCGAACAAGGCACAUCAUUCGCCCAGGAAUUGCGCACCUAUCUUUCAACUUUACUGCCUGAUUAUAUGAUACCAGCGGCCUAUGUGUGUCUACCGUCCCUACCACUCACACCCAAUGGUAAGCUAGACCGGCGAGCACUAUCGCCUCCGGACGAUGAUGCAUUUGCUCGUCAGCACUAUGAGUCUCCACAUAGUGAAAUAGAGGAAAAACUAGCUGACAUCUGGCGUGAAUUGCUGAGUGUUGAGCACAUUAGUCGACAUGAUAAUUUCUUUGCGUUGGGAGGCCAUUCUCUGUUGGUCGUACGAUUGUUGGCACAGUUGAGACAUAUCGGAUUUGACACCACUGUACGGGAAGUAUUUGAUGCUCCCAGUCUUGCUACAUUAGCUGCAACUCUCACUCGUUACCAAGAAGUGAACAUCCCGCCCAAUAUGAUUACCUCUGGCUGUACGGCUAUUACUCCAGAAAUGUUACCACUUAUCAAUCUUAACCAGGCUGAGAUCGAUGCAAUUGUUGCACAAGUGCCUGAUGGAGUAGCUAAUAUCCAAGAUAUUUAUGGAUUGGCACCUUUACAGCAUGGCAUGUUAUUCCAUCACAUAAUGGCCGAGGAGGAAGAUCCGUAUUUGCUUAUAAGUCAACUGAGUUUCAUUGACCGCACAACAUUAGAACUUUAUGCAGACGCUCUGAAACAAGUGAUUAAAAGACAUGAUAUCCUGCGCACUGUAAUCAUUUGGGAGGGCCUUAGUGAACCCGCACAGGUGGUUUUGCGUCAGGUUCCUUCAUUACUCACCGAGGUAACAUUGGAUGGCGCUAGUGAGUCGGUGCUAGAAAAUUUGAUCCACCAAUUCGGUCUGCGUUGCUACCGAUUAGACUUGACAAAGGCACCAUUGUUACGUCUUUAUGCUGCACCAACAUCUAAGGGAAAUUGGGUUGUACUUCAACUCACGCAUCACUCGAUUAUUGACCAUUCAACACUGGAAAGACUUGAGGCAGAAGUGCACGACAUCAUGAAUGGAAAGAUUGAAGACUUGACAACGCCUACACCGUUCCGUUAUUUUGUGGCCCAAGCUCGAUUAGGUGUAAGUCAAGCCAAACACUUCCAUUUCUUCACUGAAAUGCUCGGUGAUAUUGACGAGCCAACCGUACCAUUUGGUCUGAGUGGCACUGGCCUUUAUGGUACUGAGAUCAACGAAGCACAUCUAAUGUUGCCACAGAUGCAAAACAAUCAAGUGCGAGAGAUCGCACGGCAAUCGCGGGUUAGUUUGUCCAGCUUAUGUCAUCUAGCAUGGGCACAGGUGCUUGCUCGAACUAGCGGUCGUGAGGCAGUAGUUCUUGGUACCGUGCUGCUUGGCCGUUUACAAGCAGGAGAGGGUCACGACACUGUCAUGGGACCGACGAUUAACACGCUUCCAAUACGGAUAAAUAUUGAUGAGAGGAGUGUCGAAACUGCAGUACGCCAUACUCAUGCUCGGUUGAGUGCAUUGUUGGCUCACGAACACGCACCACUUGUGUUGGCACAACGCUGCAGUGGAGUGCCACCUGGUUUGCCACUUUUCAGUUCACUGCUGAACUAUCGUCAUAAAGGCAAGAGGGAAGGUCAUGCAACAUAUCCUGGAGUCAGCUUAUUAGGCGGUGUGGCGCUAACUACUUACCCGUUAACAAUGUCGUUCGAUGACAACGAUGAAGAAUUGUGCCUAUCAGUCCAUGUAUUGUCGCCGUUAUCGGCAAUUCGGAUUUGUGCCUAUAUGCAACAAUCUUUGGAAUCACUGACCAAUGCGCUAACACAAACGCCUCAGCAACAGUUAAGGACAUUAGCAGUAAUUCCACCGGAAGAGCGCGUGUUGCUGCUGCACACCUGGAAUCAAACAACGUUUACCUAUCCAACCGCCCAAUGUCUUCAUCAAUUAUUUGAGACGCAAGUGGAACGCGAUGCACAGGCGAUUGCCGUGGAGUGUAAAGGAGAAACAAUGAGUUACGCAGAGCUCAACGCCCAAUCCAACCAGUUAGCACAUUACUUGAUUGCACGAGGUGUGAAACCAGAUGAUAGAAUCGCACUUUGCGUUGAACGUAAUAUGAAAAUGCUUGUAGCCAUUCUGGGCACCCUGAAAGCUGGUGGCGCAUAUGUCCCACUCGAUCCAGCCUACCCGAGUCAACGACUGAACCAUAUUCUUAAGGACGCCAAUCCUAUAUUUCUCUUGGCAGAUGCUGUGGGUCGCAAUGUACUCGGAGAUCACCAAGUACCAGUCAUUGAAUUGGACAAACCAUUGCCUGCCGGUUUGCCAAUUGGUAAUCUGGACACGACCAAGCUUGCACUCACUCCAACUCAUCUGGCCUAUGUCAUUUACACAUCCGGCUCAACUGGAACACCGAAAGGAGUGAUGGUUGAACAUCGCGAUGCAGCGCAACUAGUUAUGUCUGUCCAUGAUCAAUUUGAUUUUAAUUCUCAGGAUAAGUGGUCUUUGUUCUACUCGAUUUCUUUUGACGUUUCGGUAUGGGAGAUAUGGGGUGCGUUAUGCUAUGGAAGUCAACUGUCAAUUCCACCAUACGAUACUGCCCGUUCUGCGGACAAAUUUUAUGAUUGGAUCUGCACCAAUGGUAUUACUGUGCUAAACCAAACGCCAUCGGCGUUCAAAAUGCUCAUAUUGGCAAAAAAUAUCAGUCUGAGACACAUUGGACUGCGAUAUGUGAUCUUCGUUGGUGAACCUUUAGAUGCCUUGAUUGUAAGGGACUGGUAUGAAAAGCAUGAUAAAGAUCGAACAGUGUUAAUCAAUAUGUAUGGUCCUACAGAAACAGUUAUUUUUACAACGAGUUGCAUCUGUAAUAUCGAAAUGCCUGACAACUACCUGGUACCGAUCGGACGUCCCCUGCCAAAUAGAAGAAUUUACCUGCUGGAUAUGCUUGGCGAGCCAGUGCCAUUGGGAACCGAGGGAGAAGUGUAUAUUGGUGGUGAUGGUGUGGCACGUGGCUACCUUAACCGUUCUGAUCUAACCGCAGAACGUUUUCUACCCGAUCCAUUCAGUAACAAUCCAUCGGCACGCAUGUACCGAACGGGUGAUCGAGCACGAUAUCUGCAUGAUGGUAAUCUAGUCUAUCUGGGACGCACGGAUGAACAAGUGAAAAUCCGUGGAUUCCGAAUUGAGCCUGGUGAAAUCGAAACUCGACUUGUUGAACAUCCCCAAGUGCAGGACGCGGUUGUACAAUCAUAUGGCAAUGGAUCAGAUGCUCGUCUGGUAGCUUAUGUGGUGACCGAUGCAGAUACAUCAUUAGCACAGGAUUUGCGCACAUAUCUAUCAACUUUACUGCCUGACUAUAUGGUACCUACGGCUUUUGUGAGUCUACCGUCCUUACCACUCACACCCAAUGGUAAGCUAGAUCGACAUGCACUACCAGCUCCGAACGAUAAAGCCUUUGCUCAUCAGCAGUAUGAGGCUCCACAGGGUGAAAUAGAAGAAAAACUCGCCGAUAUCUGGCGUGAACUGCUUGGCAUUGACCGUAUCAGUCGAUAUGAUAACUUCUUUGAAUUGGGUGGUCAUUCUCUGUUUGUGAUGCAUGUCGUUAACAAAGCAAAGCUCUACAAUAUGCACAUUUAUGCUCGUGGUGUAUUUUCCUUCCCAAUACUCAAAGAUUUGGCGGAACAAAUUACUAAACGAACCAACCGAUUGUAUUGUGAUGCUGCUAUUCCAGUUCGUCAAUACGGAAAUGAGACGCCUCUAUUUCUGUUACCAGAAGGCCAAGGUGGGAUAUCGUACGCUUUCGAACUUGCCCAUAACAUAGACAAAACUAUUUCCGUUUUUGUGCUGCCAUGGCCAUCGCCAGAGAAUAAACAGCCAUCGUCCAUCGAGGAAAUGGCUUGUGUAAUGAUCUCCCUCAUGAAGAAAAUUCAAGCGAAUAGUCCUUAUGCAAUUGCUGGCUACUCCGCUGGUGGUAUUCUAGCUUAUGAAAUAGCGAAACAGCUUAUAAACAGUGGCAAUUCUGUUUCAUUUCUAGGCUUAAUCGACACUUAUCCACCCAUCAAAAAUAUUCUCUCCGAAACAGAAAUGUUCUCCACAUCUUUACUAUAUAAAUUUCCCGUUUUUCAAACGCUAAAUGAUUCAAAAUGGUGGGAACGUGUCAGUAGAUUGACUCUUAAUGAAGCAAUUGAAGAGAUAAAAAAGACAAAUGUAGAUUUAAAAAAUACAGAUAUCGAAUGGGAAGCAUUGCUAUCGAAACAACGUCAUCAUUAUCGACAUAUAUGUGCAGCGUUCAAAUUCGAUUCACUACCGAUUAAAGUACAUUUAUUCAAGGCAGUAGAUCAACACACGUUGCCUGCUUGCAUUGCGCACUUGAACAACGUUUACAAGAAUGAGAUGGAUCUUUUUGAGAAAUUGUAUAGCUAUCCGAUGUUGGGCUGGGAAAAUGUCAAUUCUUCAACAGAUGUUUACGUUAUUUUAGUGGACGGUGAUCAUGGUACAAUUAUGUCGGAUCAGAAAAAUCGUGCUUAUCUGGGAAAACAAAUAACGAAAUUGCAUAGACAAGGCCAAAAUCACUGA